AUGCAUCACUUAAAGACGGAGGAGAAUCACGACGGAAGACCUCUGGCGAUGAGCGCCGAUUCCUGCAAUCGGGAGUCUAUGGCUGAGAGAGCUCAAGAUCAUGCGGAUGCUGCGACUGAGGCUGCUGAGCGGACUCGACGUGAGCAGCGGGUACUGGUUGAGCACCUACGUAAACUUGAGACGACUGCGUUCGGAGGACCCCAGCAAUUCGAGUCUGCACGCGUUCGAGCAGGACUUGGUCCCAGUCGUCGUCAGCGUCGUCGUCAAGGGAUGCCGGAUUUUAAGCGGACACAGAAGAGCGGAGAAGACUCGAAAGGAGAUCCUCCGGUAGGUAAGUCUGAGGCGCCCGACAUAGAACGACGGGUGCAAACGCAUCGAUGUAGGUAUAUAUAG